AUGCGACCCAUGCUCGCGCCUACUGCGCUCCUCCUUCAAGGCGAUAAACCUGCGCCUGACUUGUUUUAUCCAUCUCACUCUACACAGGGCGAGGCUGUACAACUUGGUAAGAAACGAGCCGCUUCACCAUUGCCUGUCGGCGGACAACCCACCACGGCUUCUUCCGAGACUGCUUACCGCGCCACCUCUGCUGAUACACGGCAAGACUUUGUUGGUCAAGAGGGAGAGGGUUUGAAGUCUGCUGAACCAAUUUCAAGUGAAAUCUCACUCGAUAACCUCGUGGAAGGGUCACGUCGCAAGCGCAACAAGUUUGGUAAUGAUUUGCCAUUACUCCCCUUCCCUAUUCACGACGCUAGUAGUCACUAUGGAGCGAGUGUAUUGGCAAGCAUGCCGCAUGAGCAUUAUCAUGGUCGCUCGUACUCAAUGAGCCAAAUUCCAGCUCGACAAAGUUCUGGUAUGCCCUUUGGUGGUGGUCACCAUCACACCCCCUCCUUUGCAAGUCUACCAGGUCGUGUCUCAUUCCCUACACCAGCACCAACAACCAUCAGUGAUGAAGAUGUCGCCAUGCAACUCAUUCGGCUCGGCGACCCCUCCUUAUCGCCCUUCAAGUGCCCGAGUGAAAAAUCAAGCAGUCCUGUUCCCGCACUGCAGACAGCACUUCAACUCAAAGCCAUGCAUGAUGGCAUUGACCCUGCACAAGCAUUUUUACAGCAUCAACAACAAUCAGGCGCAACAAUCCCGUCUACAAAGCGUGAAAUGACAUACCCCUCGAGUCCACCGAGUAGCUUGAAUGAGCAGCAACAAGAAAUGCAAAGCGCUAUGGGAUCAAGGAUUGGGUAUGGGUAUGAGGAGUUGCCUGUACAAAAAGCACGACACCGCGCUAGUUCUGUUACAAGUGAUGGGACCGUCAAGGAAGAGUUGGAAGCAGCGAGUGAUGAAGUGGAUAUUCCACGACCACAAAACUUGCCUAAACUCAAUAACGGCGCCGCGAAUGGGUUUGAUUUCGCACAGCCGGCGGGUACAGGCAGGCCACCGAAGCAAGAUGGACGGAGUAUCGGUGUGCGUUGCACGCGUUGCAAGAAAUCAAAAAAGGGGUGUGAUAGACAGCGGCCGUGUGGUCGGUGUGCGGAUGCAGGUGAGGAUUGUGUCACUGAGGAUGAAGGAUCUGGUCGUGGCCGCACACACAGAGGCAAUGGACGCAAGAAACGGGUCUAA